ACCUAAAGUAUAAGUAAGUUGUAGAAAUCUAUUUCCUGUAGGCAGUCUUGUAGUUAUUUUAUUUUAAUAUUAUCACUAUAGAAUACAACAAUAAUAAACAAUUAUCGAGCGUCCUGCACUAAUUUAUACACGGAGGUUAUUAAAGGUCGUCGGCCGUUGUUCUUAGUGUCGGACAGCCUUGACCCCAAACUGUUGCAUUCGCCCGCACCACCUUUCUCAACGCGGCGACCGGCGAGUCUAACUGAAACGUAGCAUAUUUCAUAAGACGUUUCAACAGCUGUGAACUGCGGGCUGCGGGCCGCGGGCUGCAUCCACAGACAGACGGCGGACGUCGGACGAUACUGUAGUGGGAAACGGAAAAGUAGCACUGACGGACGACUCGUAUGUGAAAAACAAGGACGCCUACAUACAUGAUAAUAAUAUAAGAUAAAUACAACUUAUUAUGAGUGAUACAUUCAUCUAUAAUAAUGUUCUGGCAUAUUAAACAAAAUUAAACAUGGAGGCAUUCAGUGUGGCGGGAGUAGCCUCCUUCAGUGUGGACGCGUGGCCACCGCCUGGACCGAUACCCAGCUCCUUUCAUUUCCAACACCAGGGAUCCAAUUUCGCUAUAUUUGUGAUUUUCUUCGCUCUGUGUAUGAUGGAGGUGGUGGUGCUGAAGAUCAUCACGGAAGAAAGCAGGGAACAGCUCUCGAGCGUCACCUCGCUGUGGUUCGACCUGGACGAUGAGUGACACUCACUCACUCACUGAAACGAGUGAAUCGAGUGUAGUGUUUAAGGAUUGUUAUUAACGGGUAAUAUAUAGUUUUAAUACAUUGUAAUAAUUAUGUAAAUAAACAUACUUCUAGAACAAAA